CCCCUCUCCUUCCCCCGCAAGCUCCCCCCUCGUACCCCCGACCCCUCCUCCAUCUCCCCCUCCGGCCGCCGCAAUGCCGGUCUACCGCAUCCGCGGCGUGGACGUCGACUUCCCCUACGAUGCCUACGAUUGCCAGAUCACCUACAUGGACCGCGUUCUCCAGUCACUGCAACAGGGUAAUAACGCGCUGCUCGAGAGCCCGACGGGGACGGGGAAGACGCUCUGCCUGCUCUGCUCCACGCUCGCUUGGCGGCGCACCUUCGGGGAGUUUCUGCGGGGCGGUGGCGGCGGUGGGGGCGGGGGAGGCAGCCAGCCAUCAGGGAGCCAGCAGUCUGGGGCAUCCGCGACCCAGUCAUCGUCGUACCCCGUGAUUAUCUAUGCCUCCCGGACGCAUAGCCAGCUCCGGCAGGUGAUCAAGGAGCUCAAGGCCACCAGCUACAGGCCGAAAAUGGCAGUGCUGGGCUCCCGUGAGCAGAUGUGCAUCCAUGAAGAAGUGAGCAAACUCCAGGGAAAAGCACAGAACAAUGGUUGCCACUACCUCUGCAAGAAGCGCUUGUGCCGUCAUAACAACAUUGUCACUGAUUACAUGAAAAACAACACCGAGAUUGGGAGUGAGCCUUUUGACAUUGAAGACUUGGUUAAUAUUGGGAGAACCAAGGGACCUUGCCCAUAUUACAUUUCCCGGGAGCUUUCCAAGUCGGUUGAUAUUUUAUUUGCUCCUUAUAACUAUCUCAUUGAUCCGGGAAAUCGGCGUUCCUUAACUGGCAUAUCAUGGGACAAUGCAGUACUUAUAUUUGAUGAGGCACACAAUCUGGAGAGUAUAUGUGCAGAUGCUGCCUCUUUUGACUUGCUUACCAGCAACCUCACUUCUUGCAUCACGGAAGCUCAAGAAUGCAUCCAAUUGUGUUCAUUCAAGAGGUCCAUUGAAAACUCUGCUGAAAAACAAUUUGACCCAGAAAACUAUGCUAUCCUCAAAGGUUACUCAAAGUUCUCACAUCAUUUACCUUUCAGUUUGAUGAUUGUGAAAGUGAGUUUUCCUCAUGUUAAUAGUGGAACUCUUUUUCCAGCUCUUUUAAUGGCACUUGAAAAAAAAAUCGGUGAGCUUGUAAUUGAUUCCAAGGAGCUGGGUUACACAAAGCCUGGGAGUUACAUAUACGAGUUCCUCUCUGAACUGAAUAUUACGUCUGAAACAUCCAAAAAGCUUAUUGAGACUAUCGAUAGUGCUUCUCUACUGCUCGAGGAAGGAAAUUCUGGUGAAACUAAAGCUGGUGUUAAGGCAAAAUCUACUGUGUCUAGAUUGGAAACAAUUAGAGAUAUGCUUGACAUAAUAUUUAAGGGUGGUGGUCAAAACCAUGCGAAGUAUUAUAGUUUUCAUGUGAAUGAAUCAUCUCGACAGACAUCUGGUGACUCAUUGCAAGUUUUCGGUAAGGCUUCAAGGACUCUUAGUUGGUGGUGUUUUAACCCAGGGCUUGCUAUGGAGGAAUUUCUGAAGUUGGGUGUACGCUCCAUUAUUUUAACUUCUGGAACUUUAUCUCCCUUAGACUCGCUUGCCAUGGAAUUAAACCUUGAGUUCCCUGUCAGGCUAGAGAAUCCUCAUGUCAUUUCUCAAGAUCAAAUCUGGGUUGGAGUUGUGCCUGUGGGGCCAUCAGGACACCCACUUAAUUCUUCUUAUCGGACACGUGAGACUGUAAAAUACAAACAAGAAUUGGGCACUGUUAUAGUUAAUUUUGCCCGUAUUGUGCCAGAUGGUCUCCUUGUUUUCUUUCCUUCAUAUUCUAUGAUGGACAAGUGUAUCGACUACUGGAAAAAUAGGAACCAUGAACAUUCAGUGGAUGAUAGCACAAUAUGGCAGAGAAUGUGCAAGCAUAAGCAGCCAGUUAUAGAGCCUAGGCAGUCUUCAAACUUCCCAAAUGCAAUUGAGGAUUAUGAGGCCAAAUUACGCGAUCCUUCUACUUUUGGGGCAAUUUUUUUCGCAGUUUGUCGCGGCAAAGUUAGUGAGGGUCUUGAUUUUGCUGACCGUGCUGGGAGAGCUGUAAUAGUUACUGGAAUGCCCUUCUCCACCCCGACUGAUCCUAAGGUUCGGCUCAAGCGUGAGUAUUUGGAUAAGCAGGCUAAACCAUCUAACAAAAACCCAAAGACUUUGACAGGAGAGGAGUGGUAUGUACAACAAGCAGCAAGGGCUGUCAAUCAGGCUGUUGGACGCGUCAUCAGACAUCGCCAUGACUAUGGAGCAAUUAUUUACUGUGACGAAAGGUUUGUGUGGCCAAAUUACCAAUCCCAGAUGUCCUACUGGCUCAAACCUUAUAUAAAGUGCUACUCUAAGUAUGGGGAAGUAGUUCAAACAUUGACAAGAUUUUUCCGGGAUAAAGUUUGUGUAGACCCAAAAGAGAUGGACUGUAAUGAUAGCGUUACACCGCCUGCAGACAAAUGUCUGCCGCAGGAGAUUCUAUCUGACUCGCCUGCCACAGCAGUAAAUGAGCACCGGGGAACUACAGUAUCAUUGAAUGCAACCACCAGAAAAAACAACUAUAUGAAGUUUACCCAGAUCACUCCUGCCAAUCGCACUACCCUUCCUAUGAAACAUGGCUGUUCCACUUCUUCACAGCUCGCAUCCUCAAGGGGCCAAUUUUCUCAGGAUUCUCAGGUUGUUGAUUUGACCGAUAAUGCGACCAUGCAUGGACAAUUGAAGGAACAUACCUUAAAGUCUAUGAGGCUUAAGAAGGCUAAAAUAGCAGAUGUCUCUUCACAAUUGAAACAUAAUGUUGAGUCGAGAGCUUUGACUGGAAACCGAGGUCAACAAUCUACACCUCCAUCAAAAAGAAGUACCAUUGAACAAGCAUGUGAAAAGAAUGAGGCUAUUCAAGAAAGAUGUGGAGGCCAGGAAUCUACUACUGGACCGGCCUUCUUGAAGCUGGCUCGAGAAAAGCUCAGUACUGCAGAGUAUGGAGAGUUUGUUGAAUUUAUGAAGGCCUUAAAAUUGAAAACCAUGCACAUCAAAGACUCACUAGAAGCAAUAGCGAAACUGUUUUCUUCUCCAGGGCGACUCACACUUCUUGAAGGGUUCAGGGUCUUCGUUUCUAAGAAUCAUCUUCCAUUAUAUGAGCAGCUUGUUCGAAAAUAUACCAUGGCUAAUACAUAAUGACAUCAUCUGUUGCACAUAUUUAAAGAUGAAAUGUGGAAAAACCUCAAGCAGCAAGCCCAAAGAAUUCCACUGAAUUCAUGCAAUUAACGAUGGAUCUAUUGAAGAAGUGGUUCAUCCCAAUCAGUGCAUUGCACAUGUCGUGGAGUAUGUGUAGGGAUCUUCAACUGUAAAUUAAACAAUGUAAUUAUCCUGUAUUAUGUUUCUGGAAAUAGGUUUAUAUAACGCAUUCUCGGUACUUUGGUUCUGGUACAUUUAGUUUAAUGAGCAUUUCCAGGUUUUCAGCAA